ACUUUGAAGCAAACCUUUCACUUCAAUUCCGACCUCUGGAGUAACAACAAAAACUUUAAUCUCGACGGUGGGAAGACUGGAUUUGACUCACAAGAAACCAAACUUCCCUCCUACUGGAACACAUCCUUCUCCAAGAUCUGCCUUGGUAUGAAGAUCGGCCAGCAGAUCAAGUUUAUUGUCAUCAACCAGCAGGCGAAUUCAUUGCACUCCCUAAUUGCUGACGGAGUAUACCGCGCUACCUCACUGGGUCGUGACACGUGGAAGUCACUGAUUGGUUCUCAGGGCUCCUUACAGCGCCAUUGUAACAAGGAGGGGUUCAACGCAGCGACUAAUAUUCAUAAUUCCAAAGCGAGAAUUGGUAUCAUCGGUAAUGAACAAAGAAACUGUGGCUCACCAGACUCUAGAAUCGGGUUCGGUACUGGAGGAUAUCCCGAGACCAGGAACACGUGUGGAAAUGAGGCUAAACAUGGAGGAGACAACGGCAACAAACAGAUAAGAGCCAUGGGGUACAUUUUAGUGCAGUGAAAAGCACUCGACGACUCACUACCUCUACCUUUGUUGUACUAAAAUAUGUUGGGUUUAAGAACUUGCCAAUUUUUUUUUUAUCCUCGUCUUAGUUAUUAUCACCUAUGGACAAAACUUUGAUUGAAAUUCCAUUCGGCGUAUAGUAGUAGUACACCACUGACUAUAACAUAACUUUAAGGAUGCUUUCUAUUGGGAAAUCUGGAUUUAGAUGUCGAAAUCCUGAUUUUUGAUUGCAAUAAAACACAUGAAAUCCAAUAACGGAUAUCAACACCGAGAUAUCUGUCCUUGAAUUUCCUUUCCUUCCUUCCUUCCUUCCUUUCUUUCUUUCUUUUGUCUUUUUUUUUGGUGGGGGGGGGGGAGUGUGAGGCUGCUGGGGAUGUAGGCGAGGGGGGAAUCCGAGUGUUGUUGUGAACAGCCGUCCUGCACGUGCAGGCUUAAUUAACAGAAAAAAAAAAAGAUAAGGGCUAUGCAAAUCCUUUUUUCUAGUUUCCUAAUAAUACAAAAAAAGAAGGAAAUCCAAAAAAAAUACAGAGUUGUAAUUCUUAAUUGAAAUUCACCUUCUUAAUUUAAGAACGGAUUUCGGUUUUUUUAUUUCUAAAGAGGAAGGGGUAAGAAUGCCUAAAAUCGAUAUGAAUCGAAAAAGUAGACCGUUUCCCUGACAAUGGUAGUCUCCUUUGCAGUCCUUCCUUGGGUCGUCACGUACCCAACGCUCUUCCCACAGGAGCGUUGUGUGACGACACUUAAAACAGCUGCGCAGGAGACAUCACACCAGUUCAGUGAUCACGUGAUAGAGAUCUUUAGAUUUGAGGACGAGGAGGAAUACAAGUUAAGGACGAGAUUCAACUUAACGUUUUGCGGCGUAAUCUCAAUAAAUAUACACCCCAGACAAGACAGACAAGUCAGCACUGUUAUUCAGUUUAUGGAAGGAGGCUAAGCCUUUUCCUGAUCCCAAAAUAAUGUAUGAACUUCUAACUGUUGAAAACUUCUAGCUUUUCCUCACUGUGACUUUUUUGCUUAAACUCAAAGUAGAUGGGUACUCUCUCUCUCUCUCUCUCUCUCUCUCUCUCUCUCUCUCUCUCUCUCUCUCUCUCUCUCUCUCUCUCUCUUUCUCCCCCUCCUCAUAUUUGCCUUUUCCUAACCAUGAGGGUUUAUCUCUCUCUCUCUCUCUCUCGCACGCCCCUUGGAUUUUUGCUAUUCUAACAGCCAAAUGCGCGGAACAUCACAUCAUCAUCAUCAUCACUAUCUCACUUUUUAUUGGGAUCAGAGUCGAAAGCACUGCGAGUGGAAAAUCAAACAGACGGUAGCGAAAAUAAAUCUCCGCCGCCCUCAAACUGACCUGUGUAGAACUGAAGUUGAUGGUUAGAAUGACGACGGCUAGCGAUCACGUUUUCCGCCACACUAACAAAAUUUCGUGCAAAUCACGAUAUAUUUAAGAUUGUACAUUGUUAGUGAAAGUAAGGUGCCAUUUGGAUUGCAUGAUCCCUACAUUAAGUACUGGGGAUGGUGGCGAAAGUGCCCUAUCAGGUUAGUCAUAAAAUGACGGGAUGGUGUUUUCCCACAAAAAUUUCGGGAUCGGGAUAAAGGGUACCCAAAAAUAAAUAUUCAACUAUCACAGUCCAUGGCUGCCACUGUCCUUCCACUGUCCGAGUUAUAUGGCUGUACGCAUGCAUAAGGUACCGCCGGCUAUACGGCGGACUUGGUAGUGUGCUUUAGCGCUGAAAUUGGUAUAUCUAUAUAUGUACUUGGUGUAAAAGAAACAUGUAUUAAGAAAACCCGUUCAAACCAUUUUCAAUAAUUGUUAUCAGGUGUCAAUUUCCUUUCUGGCCUUUAAAAAGAGUUUUAAUUUGAGCUCCUCUAUACGAUGGUCAGGCCAGUGAGGAACCUUUUCGACAAACAAUUAUCCAAACCCUUCGAUCAACAUCCCACGGCCCCCACGCUCGCGUAGACGAUUAUAUUUAGCCGAACGAGUGUGUUUCAAAUUAAGUUCCCUGCUUCGUUGCCUUUUAUGUUUUUCCCGGGGGGAGGUACUCCUGUAUAUGGGCUAGAUAGUUAUGUUCCGCUCGAUAGGGUAGGGUAGCGUUUUUGAGGGUCUCCAUCCUAAAAACAGGGUAUCAUUCUUGCCCUUGUUUGCGUUGUGCUCCCUUUGUGAUCCUUAGAGAGUUAUAGGGUACCAUUUCUAUAUCAGCUAAAAUUCAAGUCCGUAAAUGCCCAGCUACACUAGAAACAAAUCAUCUGUUAACUGUGGACUUUACCUUAGAAUAUUGGAAAGAGACUAACAGAAGUUUUUUGUGUUUCCACUGAUUUCUUAGUUUUUGUUUUUCCCUUGAAUCGAGACUCAUUCUUCAGGUUUGGGCUUUAAAUACUGUAGGGUAUCAGUUUUCGUUCGUCAUAUCCGUAAAUAGGGUCAGCUUUUAAGACUCUGGGUGGCCCACCUAUCCGAAAUUUAUGGUAAUACCCCUCGGGGCAGACUACAAGUCUAACAAAACAGAUGUUCGUUGUUUCGUAUCAAGGCAAGGGGUCUCAAGGUAAUAGCUAUUCAUCAGCGAACAAUCUAGUAUACUUUGCGCUCGUACGCUUCAAUCUGAAAGAUACUUUGGCCUCGGUGUCACAACGGUACCAAUUUGUUUGGUUUUGCUGUUUUUCUACUAUGUUGAUGUGUGCGUCUGUAGGGAAUAACUCUGUAAAGUAUAAGCUUUGCUGUAUUAAAUCGCACUAUCCAUCACUAGAAAUGAUCACAGGCAAAGGUGAGGUAAUAGAAAUCUAGAAAGUGCUAGGUUACUUCGCCCAACGCAUGGUGGCCUGUUCUAAUUUAAGGACGACGAUUACAGGUGUGAAUAAGUAAUGAAUGCCAUGAAAUGCAUUUGUAGCAAAACUGAUUAAGCAGAUAUAAGCCUUUUUAUGACUAAACUUUAUCUGAUCUCGUAAUAUAUUUCCCCGCUGCAUGUAUACAUGGUAUAUAAGGCUAAAAAUUUCCCAAAACGACGCGAGACAACUAAAUAUGAUGUAUAAAGAAUCAAGAGAGAAAGAGGUAGCUCAUUCUCUGUUGUCAGAAUGCCUCAAAAGAAUUAGUAGGACAGAGGUGAGCUUCAUGUUAUGUAAUUAAGGGACUGGGUCGUUAAACGUUCCAAACUGCAAAAAAUGCGAAAAACAGAGACUACAGCGUAUUUACCUCAUUAACAAAAUAUAAAAUAAAUUUGAAAGAAUAUAGGUAAAAGAGCUCGUGUUCGGGAAGUUUUUCUGUUGUUUUUGUGCGCCCCCGGAGUAAUUUACAUAGAACUUGAUUUUUUUCUUUUAUUACCCCUUAAAGCAAUCUUUUUUCGCCAACCAAUAGAAAGUCUAAAAUUAAAGUUUUACAUAUGCUACUCUAUAAUAGUUCAGAUUCUAGAGGACUAUAUAAAGUAAACACUUAUAAAAAAAAUCGUCAAUAUUUUUUAAGUACUGGCCAUUAGUAUUGCGUCCAAAUGUCCAGAUAAGUUUGAAUCUUAUAGUCGUAUAGUACAUAGAGCACCGGUAUCAGACGAAGCAUUGUUUUAUGCGGUUUGGACGUCGGACACCUUUUAGGAAAGUCAACCUGAAAGAAGAAUUUGUUUUUUAAACAAAAUAAUUGAUUGACCUGCUGGUCUUUAAAUAAUGCUGUUUAAAAUUUUGUGGAUGUUGUUGGAGUGUCUGUCCUAGAUUCCUGCACAGGCCUCAAAUGAAGGUUAGUUUAUUCGAGUUGGAAGUUGAGUUAAAAUUAAGGAAAAGUUGAAACCAAACAAAAUAUAAAUUUAGUUCACUCGCGUUCUCAGUCAAACGGAUUUGUUUUUUAAAAUUCUAUAGUUCGUAAACAAGGUCCAUAACUUUAACAUAGAGCCACAAGUUGAUUGCUUGGUUCUAAAAGAAAUAUUGAUGUAUAAUACAUAAAAAAUUCUGUGGCUUAUAUUUCUAGGUUUAACCCAGAAAUGUUUUACCUCACUUAAUCGCGCAUAAUCAGUGGAAAUCCGUAAAUAUUUAAUUUAGCACAAAGUUGGUUUAUCAUGUCACAUUACCAAAUAUUCUUGUACAUUUAUUAAGUAUUUAGUCGUAAAACCAACUAACGUCAAGAUUGAAGAUUAAAAGAGAUGACAUCAGAAAUAAUGUCGAGCGCUUUGCGACAUCUGUAGAUUCCCCUAUGUGAUCUGGCGAGGUAAUAGUGAUUUACCCUGGCCUAUGAUGAUUACAAGAACGCUCUUAGUAGCGUUGAGUCUCGCUUGCUUGGAGAUAACUUUUUGGUCAGCUGGUGCUGAUAUGCUACUUUUUCGUUUGGAAUACAAAACGAGUGUUAUAUGUCAUAAUGUAAAUACUCAAAGGGUCAAAAUUGCAAGAAGAGACGGGCCACAAAUCUUAGAUGUGAAACCUUUGAAAACCCUCUGCAUAUUGAUAUUUCUCCAGUGAGGAGAACUCUUUCAAUACACUCAAUAAAAUUGAACGAUUAUCUUUAUGAGUAUAAAUGUAAUUAUGUGUCUUCUUUGUAGCGGACAAGAUACGGCUUGGUACAGUUUUUGUUCAGCACAAGAAAAAUGCGCAAGUUUAGCAGAACUUUACACAACAGACAGUUCAAGUGGUAUCCUCCGUGUCUUUUAAUUGGUUUAAUUGCCUUCUUUUUCAAAAACCAACAUUUUCAAAAUUCAAUUUGAUUAGGAAUGGUAAAGAACAACCACUCUGUAGAUGUGCUACCUUUCAAUCAUUAUUUUAUCAGUUUAAAAAAUGUAUUUGUACGUUUACUUACCUCCCAGACUCAUGUCGUAAGCUUGAGAUGAAGCUCGACCAUAUUUUUGAAGGAAAACGUCUUAAAGACCACGUGAUUCGCAGCGUUGACGCCAUUGAUGCCGAUGGCUGCGAAGUGCUUUGUUUCUGGGAACCAGACUGCGUUAGUUUCAACUUUAAGAAGUCUAUGAGCCAAUGUGAGCUGAAUAACUCCACUUUCGAAGAACAAGAAGAUAAGCUGGAGACAAACUAUGAUUACAUUUAUCGAGGAGCCGAGGUAAGAAAGGAACUUCAGUUUGACUUAAAUCAUGAAUUAAGUACGGCGUAAUAUUUGAGGCAAAUUAAAAGGGCUAGAUUAUAUAAAUUAUACGCGAUGGCCUUUGUACCUAGCAACGAACGAUGCCUUCUUUUAUUAGAACUAACUGGAAACGAUGAUUGAAUUUGAACUGCGGGAUGAAGAUCAUCGAAAAGACGCAAACUCGCAAUUUGUGAUCCACGAUUCUCAGUAAAACAGUUAGAAGCGAAGCUAGAGACGUUGUGGCUACCUUAAAGUAAAUUUAAAUUUAAAGGUACUGCACCCAUACUUACAGGUAGCUAUUACGACACCAGAAUGAGGAUAUGAGGUUAUCCCUAUAUUAAGAUCUCUAAUUACAGAUAACCAACGCCGCAGCGCAGGAAAGGUUGACCACACCACCGGGGUCUAUGCCCUCUUAACCAGCGUGGCAGGCGUUCGAAGGGAUCGAACAGGGAUCAAAGGAGUGGGGAUUUCGAGCCCCCAAAUUCCCUUUUCGUUCCCUUUCUUAAACCAUUUGUAGAUGUCAUUGCAAAGGCAGCACUUUCCCCUCAGUUAAUUAAUGACCCUGAGUGUUUGUCCGUGCCGGGGUCUGAACCCGCUACCUCCCGCUCAGCGGCAAGGCCCGCACUCUCCCAACUGAGGUAACUAGGCGGCGGUUAAAGAAUGCAUUUUCGAUCAAGUGUCUUUUUUUUCUAGAACGAAUGUGUCAAUAACCGUUGCGAAAACAAUGCAACCUGCCAAACCGGUUUCACAGGCAAGGGAUACCGCUGCUUGUGUACUGCUGGAUUUGAAGGAAAUUACUGUGAGAUUGGUGAGUUUCUGGGGGAACACUGAACUGAGACUGUGAUAACUUCACCUUAAGAUCUUUACGAUUACUGAAUUAAAAACGCUCACUGUGCAGCUGUGUGUUGUGUAAAUGACUAAUGAAAUGAACGUUAAGCUGGGCCUUACUCGGCCGCUUUUAACUUCGGCAAUUUUUGACCUGUUCGGCAACACAUUAUGGCUUUUGUCUUUGGAUCAACCUUUUCAUUUUAGGCGCGAGACUCUUUAUUAGACUAAAAGUUUGUAGUUCAUUUAGUAGCAGGUUUUUGUCCUGUUUUGAAACUACAGAGUUGGAUUUUCAUUUUAUUUCUCUCUGGGCGGGGUUCUUGAAGGCUUAUCUUUUACGUGCUGCUUGCAUUGUAGGUGCUGCGACUAAAACAGCGGUUUUUCAAGAUUAUUAUUACAUUGUUCCUUUUUUUGGUUUUGUUUUUCUUUCAUUUGACGGCUUGUUCAUUUUCCAGACGUAGAUGAGUGCACCUUGGGUACACACAAGUGCGGUGCCAAUACGAUCUGCACAAAUAACGAAGGAUCUUACAACUGCACAUGUAAUCGCCCGGGAUUAUGGAGAUGUAGAGAACUGUGAACCGGGUGAGUUCCGGAAAGUUUUAUUUCGAGUUGAUUAUAAUAUUCAGUCUUUAACAAAUGAUGAAUAUUUUACUUCAAAAAAAACAAACAAACAAACAACAAAAUGAGCAAAAGGAUAACAACAACAAUACAAAUAACAACAGCAACAAUGAAGCACUUAUUCAUGAGAGACAAGUUGGGUAAUGGGAUUAAAUUGCUGAAGGUUUUAAAAUCCUCCGACAUGGAUAAACGAAAUUCCAAACAAAGGUUUCUCUUCUACAAACUCGUAUCCUAAAAUAGUAUUGAGCUUUAAGUCGCAAAGACCCAGUAAUCUGGAAACCCAAAAUUACCGCGUACAAAUUAAAUCAGUCUAAAAGCAAAGUCGAUAUUACGCUAAUAUGACCUCGAGAAACUGGGAUGACUUCUUGUAGGUCCUUUUUCUUUUUCUAAAGUUGCAAUAAAUUUUAGCAAAUAAUAGAUAAAAUUCACCCUGAAAGAGAUACAUGAUUUUAUGAUUAAUCCAUGUAUUAGUGACUGACGGGGUUAUCAGCAAUCUCGUUCCCAGGGUUCUCUCCUACCCGCCCUCCGUAGGGCGGGUAGGAGAGAACCCUGGGAACGAGGUUGGGUUAUCAGCUGUCUGUGACUGGGUGUUCCUGCUACCCGGCUAUUGUCAUGUGAAUUCUUGAGACAUGAAAACGAGGCACUUACCCUCUCUGCUCACCGCUGUAACAAAAAAGUUGUUAAACCGCCACCUAUGCGGCCAUGUUCAUCCCAAAAUGAAACUGUCGUUAUUUGGUAUUCCAAAAAGAAGAUCUCAGCCAAAGCGAGACUCUGCAAUUUUAAAAGCAAUAAUUGACUUGAUUAUUAUUAUGUAAAGGAACACGAGGCAUAAAAGUUCUUUUUGUUUUGUUUUUGCGUGUGCCGGUGUACAUUUCUGACGCAGUUUUAUCGUGCAAGGACGUGUUUGACAAGAAUAUGUAAGUAGCAAAAUGAUGUUAGUACCCUUUAAUUAGAACACCUAUCUUGGUCCAUAGAUACAAAUUUUCAUACAAUUCCGUCCUGUGUAUGUUCACCUCUGUUUAGGUCUUUAGUUGUUCUACUGGGGCUGUUUACAUAGAGAGAGUAAGAUUCUAGAGGGAGGAUUAUCCUAGUGCCACAAUAUUUCCCAUAUUCAGAUUAAACUUGUCCCAAUCGCUAGGAAUUUCCUAGCUAGUGGUAGAGAUAUCCUGGUCCUAAUAAUACCUUAGCGCCAUGUAAACUACUUUCGCUAGGAAGAUCCUAGAUCCAUGAGCACUACAGAAAAUCCAGACAAAAAAAUUCUGCGUGUCGUUCAGCGGGUAAUCAAGAUGCUCAAACAAAACGAAGAGCUGUUCCGCCCUCUACUGACAGAAAUUCUUUCUGGUGCUAGGAUCUUUAUUCCUCCCCAUAUAACAGCUCCUAAUUAUGCCAUUAACUUGCAUUUAAACAAACCUUGGUGUUUGAUAUAUUUUCAAACGAAAAGCGCUCACGAUGCUCCCUAUUUGACAGCCGAUUACAAUAUGAUUGUUUACUUAGCACAGUGCAAUCGGGACCAUAGUAACGACAGAUUUCCGUUUCUUUACUCGAUUUUCUAACUAGUAUCUUGAUCACCUCUUUGUCAUUUCUAACCUAGAGCAAGAAUCCCAUUGGCCUGUAUUUCUGGAAAUAACUCAGACAUUCUCCUGUAACAUAGAGUUCUCGAUCGUAUCAGUAUAAAAGCAGCGGAAAGCAAACUUACCUUGUCAUUCCUACAUCGACUGUCCACAGGUUUUUUAAUGGUCAUUCAGAAUAUCUUUAUCAGGCUUCAGAUUGCAUACAUUCGGGUUUUCUAGUUUUGACAUUCAUUUGCAAUUCAGAUCUGGAUACCGGGUGAACUGUUGAAGUCGCGGUAAUUUGCAUGCGUCUGGUUGCAUUUUUCUUGUAAACAAACUUGUUAGUCAACAGUCUCAUUCGCAUUUGCCUCUUUUUUAAGAUCCAGUAAAAACGAAGCGUACCCACUACUUAUUGAGAAUGAGGUUAUUGACGUUUACUGUCACAUGACCACGGCCACGAUUUCAAAUGGAGAAUGCGGUGAUGGUGGAUGGACGCUGGUCAUGAAGAUUGAUGGCAAUCAGGUAAAACUGAAGAUGAAUAAAUGAAUGAAUAAAUGAAUAAUGAAAGGAUGAUCCACACUUACAAGUACAUAUUACAUUCCCCAGUUUACUCUUGUAUCAGUUAGUAGUUAUAUUACAAAUUUACCCCUCUCCCCUUAAAUGGGAACAGGGAAAAUUGGCGAAAGCCUGUCGAGGGUGACCCAACAGCCACUGGGUUAACUUUGAAGGAACAGCAGUAGCAGGACGCCCCUCGAGGGUCUUUUGAUAUUUCCCCAAAACUAUUUUCCGUGCGCCAGUUCAGUUGAUUCCCUGUUACUCGAACGUCGUGCUAACUCGAUAGAACCAAAGUUGAUUUCCCCUGGAUUUCCUUCAUACGUGUGCUAUAUUUUUUAUCCUUGAUAACUCGAACCUCCCGGCCCGCUAAUUCGAAGUAAUUUUUGUUUCCCUUCAGAUCAUUUCCAUAUAAUUUUACCCUCGAUAUCUCGAACCAUGUUUUAAGCCUGUGAAAUCAGAAAAAGAAAAUUUUAACAGGGUACUGAAGUCCGAAACACUCUAUUCAUUAAAUCAACCGUAUCAAUUCUUUAAUUGUUUUUACUCUUUUGUCACUCCAGUUCAAAUUCAGUGUCUGUAGGCCACUUUCACAUUUCCCAUAAUGCACCUUAUUUGCCCCCCUAAAAUUUUGCAUAAGCAUAUUGUUUUCAAUUUCUCUUGGGAUGGCUGUAAUACCCAGGAGAAAUGAAAAACAACUUUAGGUUGUGCAAAAUUUUUAGGGCAAAUAGGUGCAUUAUGGGAAAUGUGGAAUUAUAUUAAUCAAGCUUUGUUGCUUAAUUCUUCAAAAUACCAAUCUUAAUCCCUCGCUGCCCUUGACUGAGUGAAAUGUGCCUGAUUCUUGCAUUCUCUCCUCAUCUAUUUGCUUAUAUUAUUUUCGGUUAUUCGCCUCAAACUCCCGGUAACUCGAACUUUUUUCGAUUACCCUAAAAGGUUCGAGUUGUUCAUCGGGAGUCGACUGUAGCAGAGUGAUUUUUACCAAUUUAAAUUCCCACAGGAGAACAGGGGAAGGGAUUGGCCACUGCCACUGGUAAAGUUGCAGCCACUAAGCUAAUUUGAAAUGGACAGUAUAGCCGCAGCAGCAACACUUUUUGCUUUUUGUUGUUGUGAAUAAUUUUUGACUGUCAGGACGAGAUAUGAUAACAAUGACUCUUCGACCACUUCAGUCUGAGAGAUACAUAAUUAAGGCAGAUAUUGAAGGAUAGAUAUCAAUUCAGGACAAUGAACAUUAGUAUACAAGGAUUGUCAGGCUCUAGGGGUUUGACCAGCAGAAUGAAUAUGGGAGAUUAUAUGGUCCUUUUGAGCUUCUGAUUUAUGAAAUUAAAUUUCCUGAUUGCAUAAAAGAAUACAGAGAUUACCUUGCUUUAAUUUUUAACUGUUUUUCACAAAGCAAACGUUCCACUACACCUCUGCAUACUGGCAAGAUAAAAACCGCUUUAAUGUUGAUGGACGCAAGACUGGAUUUGACUCACAGGAGACCAAACUUCCCUCCUACUGGAACACAUCCUUCACGAAGAUCUGCCUCGGGAUGAAGAUCAACAACCAGAUCAAUUUUAUCGAAAUCUCUAAGAGCGCCAGUUCCCUGUAUUCACUGAUGGCUGAUGGGCAAUACCGCAGCACCUCACUGGGUCGUGACAAGUGGAAGUCCGUGGUUGGUCCUGAUGCUUCCUUACAGUUAAACUGCAACAUGGAAGGGUUCAAUGCAGAGUGUACCAUGACAGGACGAUCUAAAGCAAGAAUCGGUAUCCUUGGUAACGAGGAUGCGGAUGGGUGCCACUCCUGUAAUUCUAGAAUCGGAUUUGGCACAGGAGGAGAUCAUGAUGACUCUAACACAUGUGGAAACGACGCUAGAUUUGGCGGAGAUAAUGGAGAUCAGCGUAUUAAAGCCAUGGGAUACAUUUUGGUACAGUGA